GGAGAGACAUGUGGUGGGUUUGUGUUUGAAAGUCCGACUAGGGUGUUUGAAAGUCAGACUAGGAGAACCAUUGGAUCACGACUCUCCGUUUUCUUUCCUUAUUUUAUAUUCUAUUCAGCGAUCUCAAAGCUGUUGCAACCUUCCGCCAUAAACGCCAUUCUCGAGCUCACAGAAUCCUACACCAUUUCCGCUGCUUUGAGUUUGAAUUGAAAAACGAGGAAUGCUAGAAGCUUGGAUAUGAGAACUAUACUAUCGAAAAGCCCAAAGGACAGUUUUUGCCUUCAUCCCUUCAUACCUGAGUCUCUCCCUGUUUUCUUUGCCAGAAUUGCUUCUCAAGGGUUAUGGAGGAUGGGACUAAUGAUUCUUUACCCAACCUUGCUGCAUCAUUUAGUCGGACAAGCAGUGUCGGAUCUUCGCUGAGAAGGCGUUCCUUAAGCUUAUUACAAACUGUGCCCUUUCAAAUAGAUGAUGAUAUUGAAAGUGAAAAUGUUUCAGAGGCAGGUGAUAUUGGGGAUAGGGCUCUUCAUAGUAAGAGGUACAGUGAGAGUAGCAGCAUCCGGUUUUCCCUUGAUAACACUUUAGAGAAUGGAGUUGUGUUUCCCAUCAGGGAGGACAAUUUAUUGCAAUCAUAUGGGAUAGUGUCUCAUGAUUCCACAACUUUGAAUACAGCAAUCCCUGUGCCACAGGUGCCAGAAGAAAACAUAUCUCCUCUUUCCACGGAUGCAAUGGUGUGCUCGAAGGACGAAAAACAAGAAAAAGAGACGGCACUAGUUUUGUCCUCAGAAUUGGAAUAUAUAUCAUGUCUUCUUCAUCUAUCUGUUUUUGGGAUUCUUGGGGUUUUGACAAGGUACUUAUUACAGAAACUUUUUGGUCCUAGUGUGGCUGGUGUGACGGGUGACCACUACCCUUUAUACCUUGACCUUCCUUCCAACAUGGUUGGUUCUUUCCUGAUGGGAUGGUGGGGUGUUGUUUUCAAAGGAGAUAUAGCCAGUGUGUCUGAUCAUCUGGCCAUUGGAUUAACAACUGGAUACUUGGGAAGUCUCACAACUUUCAGUGGCUGGAAUCAGAAAAUGCUUGAUCUCAUUGUUGAUGGCCACUGGGUGUUUGCGCUGGUUGGCUUUCUUCUAGGCUUGUUCCUUGCAGCCUAUUCCAUCAAAUUUGGCAUUGGGACAGCCAAGUGUUUCAAGUCACUUCUCAAAAGACUAAAUAGACGUGAAAGUAAAAUUAGCAGCAAUUGGAGGGUGGACAACCGCAAGCGUCAUCUGGCAGUUAUGGCAAUUUUGGUGCUUAUGCUAGGUUUUUUAUGGAUUGUGAGUGGGACACUGCUAAAGAAGGAGUUCAACAGUGGCAGCAGUAGAGCCCAAUUAUGGCUGGCUUGCUUACUUGCAGCCCCAGGGGUAUGGAUCAGGUGGUUCUUGGCUCGGCUCAAUGGACGUGGAUUAGGGAAAACAGGGCAUCUGAGAUGGGUUCCAUUUGGAACUCUAAUUGCCAAUGUUUCUGCAGCUUGCAUCAUGGCAGCACUCGCUACUUUGAAGAAAGAGGUUCAUACCAAGAACUGCAAUACCAUUUCAACUGGCAUACAGUUUGGAUUUUUGGGUUGUCUGAGUACUGUUUCAACUUUCAUAGCUGAAUACAAUGCCAUGGAAGAAAGUAAUAAAACUUGGAGAGCUUAUGCUUAUGCUCUAAUAACAAUACUCAUGUCAUUUGGCUUGGGGAUCCUGAUAUACUCCGUACCUGUUUGGACUAAGGGAUAUGACUGACAUAUGCUACGGCCAGCUUAUUGUUACAUCUCUUAUUGGUUAUGUAAAGUUGACAUGAUGCAGAUUUUGAUGAGAGAUUUGGAAAAUAGAAAUAUAUAGAACAAUUUCCUAAAACUCAUUUUGUUGAUCAAUAGAUGAGAAAUCAAAGGUCCUAAUUUUAAACU